UUACAUUGAGGUAGAUUUAUUCACACAUUCCGACGGAAAGGGACAUGCUGACAAUGGGAGAAGCAGAAUACAAAACUCGACAAUAUGUGUCAGAAACUGAGAACUGUGAUUACAAGCUUCAGCUCAGAUACCUUAUCAAAGAUCGUGGACAGCAAACAUUUCGGCUCCUCAUACAACAAAGCCUACAGAAAUCGAAAACCAAUUUAUCAAGUUUUCUCCAAGAAUCUGAAAAUAAGGAAACGGUAUGCUUUUUACGUACAGAACAUGUGAUAACUGACGAGGACUUCGAGCUUCUGUACCCUAAAAAUGGAUCACCUUCAUUAGAAAAUGCUGGAUUCACAAUUCUAUACAUAAUAAUGCGUACAUUUUUUUGCGACAUACCUCGCAAUGACCGCAUUUGGGAUAAAGGAUCAAAGCCUGAGCCAAAUGAUUUAUCUAGGGCGGCAAAUAUCGUUAGACUACGAGACCAUAUAAGUGAGUUGGAAGAAAAUGAAUUAACGAAAGACAUCUUCGAGGAAAAGUGCAAUGAAUUGCAUCAGAUAUUCACACAUUUUGGAACAGAAGACGUGUUCAAAGAAGUAUCUGAUCCAUUCAAAAUUGAUUCUUUUGACGAAGAAACAGAAAACACAUUACGUGAAGAAUUCAGAAAAUGGGAGUUAACACAACAAUAUUUGGAAACAGGUUUAGACUUACACAUUAACGAGUCAAAAACCCGAAGAUUCAGACUAUAUUCUCUCCUUGUUGACGGAGGAACUAGAGUAUUCAAACACAUUUUUGAUGACAAAAUUCCACCUGCAGAUCUUCAAACUGUUCUUUCAAAUCCUACAACAAAGGGAAAAUUGUUAUACCUUAGGACGAAAAAGGUUUUGAUCGAUUCACAGGAACAUCUGUUGUAUCCAAGCCAGGGAUCUCCACAGUCAACGACAUUUGAUAUAACACUUCUAGCAAUUCUGCUCCGAAAUAUAUGUGGCUUUAAUCAAUUUGACAAACGUUGGGAUGAUAAAAAUCCUGUUGCUGCUGAUAUUUCAACAAUAGCCGAUAUUGUAAGAAUUCGUGAAGCCCGAAAUGAGGUCAUUUCGCAUUUGUCACAAACAGGAAAACUUUCAAAAGACGAAUUCGAAAGACAUUGGAAUGGAAUCUCAAAGGUGCUGCUAAGGUUAGAUGGCUGGUGUAAAGUUCCUUUUGAAAACCUAAAGUCAGAAAUUGAUGACCUGAAGAGUAAACAUUUAGACCCAGAACAAGAAAAAGAAUAUCAAUGUAUUAUAGAAAACUGGAAACGAAUAGAUGAACAAUUGGAGUCAAAAAUGUUGCAGUACCUUAAACAAAGCAUUUUAGGUAAUUUUGAAUAUAUUUUUAUUGCUUAACCUAUUUCUUUAUUAGCAUUUUAUGAACAAUGGCUGUUUUCAUUGAAAAGCCCCCUGUAACAUGUUCAAAUUUCUAUGAAAAUAUACUAAAAGGCUUCAUUACUAUUUGAACAUGGCACAAAUGUUGACUGAACCAUAGCCUUUUUAAUGACAUAAUACUUAAUCAUAAAUGUUCUGUUACCAAGGCAACGAGAAGACAUCUCAAAAUUGCCAACAAUCACUUAUUUACGUUGAUUUGUAAAAAAAAACUGAUAUCGAAAUGCUACAACUUCUCAAUGUAUUGAUAUAUAGUCAAAGGUUUUUUUAGCGUUGGUUACACGUUAUCUUACGGUCGGUCUUAGGCCAAUUUUUAGCCUCUAACAAGACAAAAAAUUUUCUGCUCACCUUCUUCAAACCCCCAAGCAGAAUGGGGCAUAUCCCCCACUGGCACCUCCUUGAUGUAUCUAUUUUAUAGAAGAUGGCGUCGAAAAUGUCACUCUUUUUAACACCAUUUCUUAAACGAAAACAAGUGUUUUGGAUCUAAAUAGGGCAUUUUCUCACUAUUUGAGGCCUCAAAAGAGGGAGGAGGGUGAAAACGUGUGAAAAACGUCUUUAUAAAGUAAUGGGUUAUGUAGACAAAACGCAUUAUUAUCGUGUUAAUAAAAUGAUUUCAAAAAUUGUCUAACAAUGGGAUCAAAAUAAGUUUAGAAACAUUCACUCACUAUAAACUGACUAUAUAAUAAUAGGAUAGCAUUUCUUGAUUCCGGUGCAGAAUAGAUUUAUAAAAUACUAUUUCUAUUGUGCCUGGUUCUUCUGUUUUGUGAACUUCCAUUUAAGACAUUUAGAUAUUAAUCACAUAUAGGAAUCAAUCAAAUAAUCAUUGCAUUAUUAAUUGAUAGAUAGAAACAUUACAGGGCGUCAGAAUUAGCAAAAUUGAAAAUGACGCAGACACGGUUUGAUUGAGUUUGUUUAUGGACAGCAGUGGCAAAUGUUAUAUAUCUUCUACGACCCCGAGCAUUGAUUAAAAGUUGAUUGAUCAUUUAAACUAAACUGAGAUGUAUUCCUACGACACACUAUGAAACCUUGAAUGUGACAAUUUCCUGAAAAGCUUCAAAAGACAUUUUGGCAACACAGUUUGUUUGCUUAAAUCUGUUUGUUAAAUAAUUAUAUUUCCGAUUCAACAAAUGAAUAAUUAUAGUUAAUGUAUCGGUAUUAUGAUAAACAUGUAAUUUUUUUCUAUUUUAAGUAGUGUUGUACACUUAAUUAUUCUGUGAUCUGCUCUAAAGACGGUUGAUUUACUUUGCCACUAAUUUUCAUGAAAAAAUCAACUCAACGUUUGUGUUGGACAACGUGCAGUUAGAAGCCAGUAUUUAGUAUUGAUCUUCAAUUUUAGAAAAUGUACCUGUUUCUUUGAUCUGUCCUUAAAUAGUUCUUGUAAGCAUGUCUUGUAACUGUUUAACCGCUCUAUAACGACAAUUUGUUCAUUAUCGCCAAUGGCUUUUGUUCCGAACUCACAUUGUUUAAACCAGAUCAUACCAAGUAUUUCACAAGUGACUCAUUAAAGUCUAGCGAUGUUUCUUGGUCAUAGCCAUAUGAACACUUAAAGUGGCGCCAAGAGGCGUUGACGGGUGCUAGAAUUAACCACUGCCGCCCAUAAAGAGUUUCCAUUAAAACAAGCCUGUAGUUAUGUAAGACUUGCCGUGCAUGAGAACAUUAAAUGUUUCCGCAUUUCACAAUUUUCAUAAUUUGUUUUAGCAAGUAAUAUGAAAACAUGAACAUGCUUUAUUCAAAUCUUUUCUUUUCUUUUUCAGAACGAUCCUUUGGUUAGUAUUCAUAUACUAGAAAUUAUCAUAUAAAAUAGAUAUAAUAGAUGUAAUUUUUAUUUUAUAAAAGUAUAUAUACAAUAUAUACAAUUAUGUCACCAAUUGUUAUGCGUGAAAGGCAUUGGAUCUCCAUAGAUAAGUGUUGAAUGCCAACGACAGCUUUCAAAAUGUAGAUAGAUUUAUUAAAACAUCAGUUCAUAUCUGAUACUUAAUUCGAAAUGUGCUAAAUUUAAUUACCUGUGACGUAUUGAUAAAAGUGUUUUGUUAUAUGGUCGAUGACAUUUAACAUCUGAAGUAAUACAUCGUUUUUUACAGGAUGCAUUGACUUAAGAUUACGCCAUUCUUUAAAAAUUCAAUUUAUUACAUUAUUCUGGAUUCUGUUGUCAAAUACAGUGGUUUAUGGUUUACAUCUUUGAAUUUUAGAGCUAUCAAAAGAAACAGUGACAGACGUUAUUGCAGACGAAUACUUUGUAGAAACAGAACAAUUUAAUGCUGCAAAAGAAAAGCUUC